AUGAAGUUGGCUGACAUAUCACACUUUUUAACAAAUCAACUCCAACUUGUGAAAUCGUCGUUGGCUAAACUAACUCUUCCAAAACAAGAAGUCGUGCCAGAAAAACCAAAGAACGCAAAGUCGCAAUUUCUCGACUUUUUAAUGGUCCACGAGACUGUCUCAAACUAUUUGGAAGACAACAAAUUCCUGGAGGCGUCAAAGUGCUUUAUUGAUACCUUUGCCCUGAAAGACGUGUUGAUGUUGAACAAACGAUAUAAAAACUAUUUGUCAAAACGAAUGAGAAUACUUUCAUCGACAGAAAACGUCAUCAUAGACGCAAUAAAAAGGAACUUUGAUGGGGCUGUACUCUCUAUGAAAGAAGAUUUGGUCGUCGAAUGUUUUGUGGUCUUCGCGCAUCACACGCACAGUAAAUUGAACGACAUCUUCCACUUGAUUUUGGCAGAGCGUAAGAGUUGGGUGGAGAGUUACUUGAAAGAGAAUAACGACCUUCAGGUGGUGUACAACUACAUUAUUGAUACGUACCAAUUCAUUAGAAAAUACUUCACUCCCGAUUUUGAAGGUAAAAUGCAAAUUUUGUUCAACUCAACGUACUCGUCUUCUGAAGACGUGUUCAUUUCGUUCAAUGAGAAUACCGAAAACCUGCUGUUACAAUGGAAGCGAAGUGUAUUGAAUGACGUUGGUGAUUUGAUCAACGGGAGUAUAUCUAAGUUGGAGACGGUAAAAGACGUGAAAACGAUUGGCGUGACUUUGCACGAAAUUAAAGUAAAUCGCAAAGAAGAGGACUUAAUAUUCGACUCGAUGUUUUUCAUUCCAAUUAAUCGGAGGAUGAAUGCCGUUUUGAAAGAGCUCUGGAUGAAGCUCUUUGACAUUUUCACGUCGCACAACACACUCCCAAACAAUACUAUUAAGACCAAAGUCAACAUGAACAAUUUGUUCUUUGAAAAUGGCGUGAUGGUUGGACAAAACGAACUCAGUUCAGCUUUUGUUAACAAGAGCUCUGUUGACUCUUUCUUUUUGAAAUUUGAGGAGUGUUUCCAGAAAAUCGAGGUAGAGCUGAACGAAGUCUAUAACGAAGACGGGAGCGCAAAAACACUGGUGUUUGAAUUGGAAAAGAAACGCGACGAAGUAUUUGCUGUUGGUUUUGUCAAAUGGAGUGACUCGAUCAUUGAGGAGUUGUUCACGAUGAGCACCGAGAUGGAGAAGUCUAAGAACUCGCCAAGUGUUUUUAAAGACAACUUGAUGGUGUUUCUAGGGUACAGUUGUUUGCUCCACCAAUGUUGUUGGAGGGUUUUGAAAGAAUCGACCACUCUUAAGGAUUACACGAAGAAUGUGUUUACAACGGUACGUGAAGCGUUGACAAAUCUCUGUGUUAAGAGUGGGCAGUAUUUCUUCGAUACGAUUUUAACCAAUCUGCGGAUACCAUUCUUACGCGAAGCCGGAAUGGAGACCAUGGGAUACUCCCCCGUCAAGAAUAUCAUCUGGAAGAAGGUCGAGUUCCGCGACUCAUUCUAUUAUACUGUGAACGGGUUGUCAUACAUUACUGACAGGUUCUAUAACAAGAUGCAUUUGGUUGCGUCUUGUUUGGGAGACAUCGGCGCAAUUAUGGCGUUGUACAUUCACUCUCAAGUCAUUAGCGUACUUCUUAAGCGAUACGAAGAUUACUUAAAGGUGUAUGGAGCAGACUUCGCUGUCCAGUUCUUGUGUGACGUGAUGGUGCUUCGGUACAUCUUGCUCCAAACUCAUAAAGUGGCGUUCAGUGAGUUGAAAGAAUUUUCUGUGCCAUUUGCGUUGGUGGACAAAAUGGACCGUAUGCAAGACUCAAUGUUAGAGAAAAUUUCAAGCGAAAUUGAGGAAAUAAGGAAAUACCUCGAUGACAUCGACUUUGUUUUGUAUUUCAAUGACUCGAAGGCGAUCGGAGUUGAAUACUUCCGUCACAAAACUACAACAUUCUCCUCUCUUUUUCCCUCUCAUUCCGACAUGUCUUAA